AAUAUCCAUCCAAACAAACACAAGGGCCAUAUAGCCCCCCCAAAACCCUUCUUCAAUCUCCUUCAUCUCUCUGCAGCUUCUUCUUGGGGUUUUUGCACUCUAUCCAAUCUGUAAGUUCACACUCACCUUCUUACACUCUCAUUUACACACACACACACACACACUUAUGGCUUCAACUUUCUUUACUUCUUUUGAUGUACCAAAUUCACUAGACCUAAAAGUAAAACACCAUCACCCCUUCAAUUCUCGAACAAGAUUAAAAAAGUUUCCAUUUUUCUACUGCAAUUCCUCCAAAUCACCCCCAAAAUCACAGGUUCCAGACCUAUCAGAAGAACCCAAGAAGCAAAACCCAUCUUUAGCUGAUCAACUUCAAACCUUAUCCACAACAAUCCUCUCAGACACCCCACAAAAACCCACCCAACUGUUGACCAAACCUAAGUCAAUCUGGGUCAACCCCACUAAACCUAGACCCUCUGUUCUUAAUCUUCAAAGACAACAAAGAACUUCUUACUCAUAUAACCCACAAAUUAGGGACCUUAGGCUGUUUGCCAAGAAGCUUAAUGAGUGUGAGAAUAAUAAAGAUGCUUUCUUGAAGAUUCUUGAAGAUAUCCCACAUCCACCCACUAGAGAAAAUGCACUUUUGGUGCUUAAUAAUUUGAAACCUUGGGAAAAGACUCUGCUUUUCUUUGAUUGGCUUAAAACCCAAGAGUCUUUUCCUAUGGAAACUAUAUUUUACAAUGUUACUAUGAAGUCUUUGAGAUUUGGAAGACAGUUUCAGCUUAUUGAAAAUCUUGCUGUUGAAAUGAUUGAUAAUGAGAUUCCGUUGGAUAAUAUUACGUAUUCGACGAUUAUUACUUGUGCGAAAAGGUCGAAUCUUUUCGAUAAGGCGGUUGAGUGGUUUGAAAGGAUGUAUAAAACAGGAUUGAUGCCUGAUGAGGUUACUUAUUCUGCUGUUUUGGAUGUGUAUGCCAAGUUAGGGAAGGUUGAGGAGGUUAUGAGUUUGUAUGAAAGAGGGAGAGCGAGCGGCUGGACCCCGGAUGCGAUCGCGUUUGCGGUUUUGGCUAAAAUGUUUGGUGAGGCGGGUGAUUACGAUGGGAUCAGAUACGUUUUACAAGAAAUGAAGGCUUUAGGGGUUAAACCGAAUUUGGUUGUGUUCAAUACUUUGUUAGAAGCGAUGGGGAGAGCAGGAAAGCCUGGUUUGGCCCGGAGUUUGUUUGAAGAAAUGGUGGCUGCGGGUGUUUCACCGGACGCGAAAACACUCACUUCAUUGGUCAAGAUUUACGGGAAAGCAAGAUGGGCCAGAGAUGCGUUGGAUCUUUGGCAAAGAAUGAAGUCAAACGGGUGGCCGAUGGAUUUUAUUCUUUAUAACACAUUAUUAAGUAUGUGUGCUGAUCUUGGUUUACAAGAAGAAGCUGAAAAGUUGUUUGACGAUAUGAAGGUAUCCGAUAACUGUAAACCCGAUAGUUGGAGUUACACUGCAAUGCUUAACAUAUAUGGAAGUGGCGGGAAUGUUGAAAAGGCGAUGACUUUGUUUGACCAAAUGUCGAAGGAGAAUGUAGCGAUUAAUGUUAUGGGUUGUACUUGUUUGAUCCAAUGUUUAGGUCGGGCUACUCGGAUAGAUGAUUUGGUAAUGGUUUUCGAGACGUCACUUAAAAAGGGUAUUCGCCCUGAUGAUCGGUUGUGCGGUUGUUUGCUUUCGGUUGUAUCUUAUUGUGAAAGCGGUGACGAUUUGGAUAAAGUAAUCGGUUGCUUACAGGAAGCAAACCCGAGAUUGGUUUCAUUCGUGAAACUAUUAGAAGAAAAGGAAACCGUGUUUGAGAAAGUAAGAGACGAGUUCAAGGAGAUACUAAACGAAACCGAAGUCGAAGCGCGAAGGCCGUUUUGCAACUGUUUAAUCGAUAUUUGCAGGAAAAGAAACCUCGACGAGAGAGCACACGAGCUUCUUUAUUUAGGAACCAUGUACGGGUUAUACCCGGGGUUACACACAAAGACUCCUGAAGAAUGGCGGUUAAAUGUACGGUCGCUAUCUGUAGGUGCAGCCCACACGGCUUUUGAAGAAUGGGUUGGGACUUUGAGUGAAAUGGUCAACCGUCAAGAACCGUUACCAGAGUUGUUAUCGGCUAGCACGGGUGCAGGGACUCAUAAGUACUCUCAGGGACUUGCGAACGCGUUUGAAUCACACGUGACGAAUCUUUCUGCGCCGUUUAGGCAAAGUGAAGAGAAACCGGGUGUUUUUGUAGCGAGUAGGGAGGAUAUAGUGUCGUGGGUGCAAUCAAAGGUUUGAUCUUUUCGACGGUAGCAGGAGCGGGGCAUGUUUUAUAGCGUUAGAUACGGUUUUUACAACGAGAUUAUCGUUUGAAUCUAGCUAUACAUUUUGAGUUUUAUUAGAAUAUGUUCCUGAACGAAAGGCUGUCUUUCAAGAAGCCUGUUCUUGAUGAUCAAUGAACAUAUUUGCAGUAUUCUAAUUUGAUUUUAGGUACAAUAUUUUUUGAGGAACUUGAUUAAAGUUUGCAUUUUA